CUGAGUGGUAAUAUAUCGCGAAAAUAUUUGCGGAUAGAUAGAUCCUAAACGAGUUUUAGUGUUAGCAAACUUCUAAAAACAUAUAUCGUACGUUGUGUUAAUAAUAAGUAAAACGGGAAGCAAAGUGUAGAAGCUUAAAUGUGAUAGUUCUAGAAUGUUGUUAUUGUUGGUUGUGGGAACUCUUAUAGGAUGUAACAACGCUUUUGAUUCUCACUUACGGGGACCAUCGUUUGUAAUGGAACCACCAUCAAAACUUGAAUUUUCUAAUUCUAGUGGAGGGUGGCUAGAUUGUUCAGCAUCAGGUAACCCUCAACCAUCUGUAGAUUGGCAGUCAGCAGAUGGAACUUCUGUUGGAGACGUUGCCGGUAUCAGAAAAGUUCUUCGAAAUGGUACUUUAGUUCUGCAGCCUUUUACAGCCGCAGCAUAUCGACAGGAUAUACAUAAUACAGUCUACCGAUGUGUUGUUUCCAAUACAGUAGGACGCAUUGUCAGCAGAGAUGUUCAGAUUAGAGCUGUUGUCACUCAGGCGUUCAGAGUGGAUGUUGAAGUUAUUGGUGCACCAAGAGGUUGUUCCGCUGUUUUGAAGUGCAUAGUACCAACAUUUGCAAAGGAAUUGGUUAGAAUAAUUUCUUGGAUUCAAGAGCCAACAUUUUUUAUUUAUCCGUCUUUACAAGGAGAUGGAAAAUUUCAUCAACUGCCAUCAGGAGAACUUCUCAUUCACAACUUAGAGUUUAGUGAUCAGUUUCCAACAUAUCGUUGCAGAACUAUGCAUCGUCUAAGCCGACAAGUCAUAGUUAGCAGUCCCGCGAAUGUAAGAAUUACAGAAAAUCGAGGAAUUGUCCCUCCUGUAAUACUACACCAUUCUGGAAUGGUUGUUGUAGCACAAGACGAAGGUGCUGCGCUUAUAUGCAUUGCACAAGGAUGUCCACCGCCAGAAUAUAGAUGGUAUCUACUUUCCGGAAUGGAGAGUAAUUUAAUGAUUUCUGGACCAAGAAUUAGACAGUUGGCCUCCGUGCUUGCAAUUGAAGCUGUUACACCAGAUGAUGGUGGGACAUACAAGUGUACAUCUUUUAACGCGGGCGGCGAAGCGAGUGCUGAACUUCGGUUGAUAGUCUCAACUGCCUUACACGUAGAAGUAUCUCCUCCACUUUUAAGCGUUCAUAUGGGAGGAACGGCAGAAUUUAAAUGUUUAGUAUCAGCCCCAAAUGAAGGCCCACAUCUGGUUACGUGGUAUAAAGAUGGCAGACAACUUCCUAAUACUGGCAGAAGUUCUAGUGAAGCAUUGGUUAUUAGUAAUGUUGGCAGAGAAGAUAAAGGAAUGUAUCAGUGUAUUAUUAGAAGAGCCGAAGGUGAUACAGCCCAAGCGUCAGCUGAAUUACAGCUUGGAGAUGCACCGCCUACAUUACUUUACAGCUUUAUAGAACAAACACUGCAACCUGGACCCGCUGUAUCACUCAAAUGUAGUGCAUCUGGUAAUCCUACUCCUCAGAUAUCAUGGACGCUUGACGGAUUUCCUUUACCAAGUCAUGGCAGGUUUGUAAUAGGACAGUACGUUACUGUACAUGGUGACGUUAUCAGCCAUGUAAACAUAAGCCACGUGAUGGUGGAGGAUGGCGGUGAAUAUUCUUGCAGUGCAGAAAAUCGAGCUGGAAGAAGUUCCCAUUCAGCCCGUUUAAACGUAUAUGGAAUGCCCUAUAUUCGUCUAAUUCCAAAAGUCACUGCUGUAGCUGGAGAAAUAUUGCAAUUAAAGUGUCCAGUAGCCGGAUAUCCAAUUGAAGAGGUUCACUGGGAACGUGGAGGGAGAGAUCUUCCAGGCGACUUAAGACAAAAAGUUUUGCACGAUGGAACUUUACUGAUAAAUCCUGUUGAAAAGAAAGCUGAUUCUGGGGUAUACACCUGCUGGGCAAGAAAUAAGCAAGGUCAAAGUGCACGCCGAAGUGGAGAAGUGAAUGUUAUAGUUCCUCCUAAAGUUAGUCCCUUCUACAUUGAAGAUACCUUACAUAUUGGUGAUCGCGCCAGUUUAACAUGUUCUGUAACAAAAGGCGAUUUACCGUUGACUAUUUCUUGGCGUAAAAAUGGUCGCAACAUACAACCAGUGCACAUGGUGUCCAUCACCCAAGUGGAUCAAUUUACUAGCAUUCUAGUCAUAGAAAAAUUGUCUUCAGAACAUAACGGCAACUACACAUGUGUAGUCAGCAAUUUGGCAGCAGAAGUAUCCCAUACCCACCAGUUGGUGGUCAACGUUCCUCCUAUUAUUGAGCCCUUUUCCUUUCAAGACGGGCUGUCAGAAGGCAUGCGAACUCGUACCGUCUGCGGCGUGAGUUCUGGGGAUCCGCCGCUGGUGGUUUCCUGGCUCAAGGAUGGGCAACCGCUGACGCCUUCCCUGGGCGUCAACGUGUCGGCCCUUGAUCCCUAUUCUAGUCUCCUCAGCAUUUCUAGUCUUGACUCGCGCCAUUCUGGAGACUUCACUUGCGUGGCAAGCAACCCUGCGGCUGAGGUCAGGUACACCGCCAAGCUACAGGUCAAAGUACCACCUCGAUGGGAAGUCGAGCCAAUUGAUGUCAGCGUGGAACGAAAUCAUCAAGUAUCUAUCAACUGUCAAGCUAAAGGCGUACCUACUCCAACAAUUACAUGGAAAAAAGCAAUAGCCGGAAAAUCAGGAGACUAUGAAACUUUAAAAGAUCAUACAUACACCAGGCUGUUAGGAAAUGGUACUCUCGUUUUGCAGCAUGUGAAGGAAGAUCGUGAGGGUUACUAUUUGUGCCAAGCGGAAAACGGAAUAGGCCCUGUAAUUGGAAAGGUUAUUCAGUUAAGAGUUAAUUCACCACCAUAUUUUGCCGCUCCAUCUCGCUUAGUGUCCGUAAGAAAGGGAGAUACAGCGUUUUUAAAAUGCGAUGUAAAUGGUGAUAAACCAAUUAACGUCAUUUGGCUACGUGACAGUAAAUAUGAAAUGAAUCCGUCUUCAAAUUAUAGAACAAGUGUUAAACAAGACGUUACGGCAAAAGGUGUAACAGCAGAAUUGCAAAUUGCUAGUGCCCAAUCUACUGACAGUGGAACAUAUUUUUGCCAGGCGAGCAAUAUGUACGGCAAAGAUCAACAACUGGUUCAAUUAAUAGUACAAGAACCACCUGUUAGUCCUCAAAAUCUCGAAGCAACUACGACAAGUAGUACUAGUAUCAACAUUAAGUGGCAACAUAAAUCUGAAGACUCUGACAGAAUUUUUAAAUUUAUUGUUGAAUAUCGGGAAGAAGAAAGUUCCUGGAAACAACUGGAUUUGAUGGAUAUUUCAGCACCAUAUACUGCCGUAAUAGAGGAUUUAAAGCCAGCUACAGCGUACACAGUUCGUGUCAUUGCUGUGGGACCAGCGGGAGAGAGUCCACCUUGUUCAGAAUUGCAUGUUCGAACGGAAUCACAACGUCCAUCAGGUCCACCACUAAACAUUUCUGUAAGGCCUCUUUCAUCUACAGAGUUGAUUGUCACUUGGACUCCACCUUCACCUGAGGUUCGUCAUGGUGCUAUUCAGGGUUUUAAUGUUGGUUAUCGUACAUCAAAUAUGGGAGCAUUUAAUUUUACGACGGUUAUGGGCGAUGCUCAAGAUGGAGGUGAAUUAGUGCUAGGAGAUCUUGACAAAUACACAAGAUACAGCAUAGUUGUUCAAGCUUUCAAUGAAGUAGGAGCUGGACCGCUAUCCGAACCUUCUGCAGCUCAAACAUUAGAAGACGUGCCUACGACGGCUCCUGAAGAUGUAAGAUGUGCAUCUUUAACAUCUCAAUCUCUACAAAUCAGUUGGCAGCCACCCCCUCUUGAAGACUGCAACGGACUUCUGCAAGGAUACAAAUUAACAUACGAGUCUGUUUUGGAUGAUAACUGGAAAGGAAAUGAUGAAAUCGAAACAAGAAAAACUAAGGCACUAACAACAGUAAUCACAGGACUUAAAAAAUUUACUAAUUACAGUUUACAAGUAUUAGCUUUUACUAAAGUUGGAGAUGGAAAACUAUCUACAGCAAUAUUAUGUCAAACAGACGAGGAUGUACCGGGCCAUCCAGAAGAUAUUAAGGUUGUUGUAAGUUCUUCGCAAUCUUUGAAGAUAUCUUGGUUGCCACCCUUAGAGCCAAAUGGUAUUAUUACUAAAUAUAAUCUAUAUAAACGAAGUAUGGAUGGAAGGGAAGAAGUGGAUCAUAUAAAACAAACUAUAUCAAGUCAGCAUACAAGUUACGAAGUUAAAGGAGUUCAGUCACAUAUCGAGUACCAGUUUUGGGUAACAGCGUCAACUAGAAUAGGAGAAGGACAAAGCUCAAAAGUUGUAUCACAAGUGGCAACAUCUCAAGUUCCAGCAAGAAUCGUUUCAUUUGGUGUUACCGUUGUGAGAGCUUGGAAGACUUCAGUAGCGCUUGGAUGUGAAGCGGUGGGUGCUCCAAAACGAGAAUGGUUACAUGGUGAGGUAAUUCUUAGAAGUGGAUCUAGUCCAAAUCAGCAAAUCUUGAAUACCGGUGAAUUAAUAAUCUCAAAUUUACAACCUAAUGAUAUGAGUAACUACACAUGUCAAGUCGACAACAAUCAGGGUUCCGACAGAAUAACAUACAAAUUAAUAGUACAGGUGCCCCCAAGUGCACCCUUGCUACAUGUGACAAGUGCUACAAGUAUAAGCAUACUAUUGAACUGGAAAAUAGAAAAUGAUGGUGGGGCACCAAUCACUGGUUUUACAUUAAAUUACAGAAAAGAACAUGGUAACUUGGAUGAAGUUCAUUUGUCAAGGCAUUCAAUAAGCUAUGAAUUGAAGUCACUGUCCUGCGGAACAACAUACCAGUUAUAUUUAACGGCUCAUAAUAUGAUUGGAAGUAGUCCGGCAAGUCAUCCACUUCAAGCAAGGACUCAAGGACAUUCUCCAGGAAUACCUAAUGCUUCGUCAUUUUUGGUUCCAAAUUCAACAUCAGUACUACUGCGUUUGCAUAUCUGGCCUGACAAUGGAUGCACUGUUUUAUAUUUUGUUCUACAGUAUCGAAAGGCUUUAAGUCCACAUUGGAUUUUAGUAUCAAAUAAUCUGAAGCCUCAAAAACGUACAUCGAUUAUUGGAUUGAGUCCAGGGACAAAGUAUUUUGUAAAAGUUGAAGCACAUAACACCGCUGGGUUUUCAACAAAUGAGUUAUCAUUCACCACAUUGACGAAAGAUGGUAUUGCAGCACCGAACGUUGUGGAACCAAAACACAUAGAUACUUCCUUUUACUUUGACCUCAAAUUUGUUCUCCCUUUCACUGUUAUAUUGAUAGUGAUCAUAAUUUGUGGGAUGAUUGCUGUAUUGUGCCUAAGACGUCGGCAGAAUGGAAUAUCGAAAGAAUUAUUAAGUGGUCAGCAGUGUACAAGUCUUCAGAAAGAAAGAUACUACGCCACAAUACACAAAACAGUACUACAAGCAGGAGAAAAAAUACCAGAAACAUCUGAAGACAUAUCACCCUAUGCAACGUUUCAGCUAUCGGAACCAAGUACAUUACCUCAAAACACAAUGCUGCAUAGUUUAAUGUAUCAUGAGUAUCCUAUGACAGAAGGUUGUGCAUCACCACCACCCACUACAUCAGUUCUAAGAAGUUCGCCGUAUUACAAUAUUAAAUUCCGAGAUUCAAAAAACUAUGGGACACAGUGCUCCAGUGGACAAAAAGAAACAGAUACUGAAGAAAGUGAAUCAGAUCCUGAACACCUAACCACACUUAGAGUAGAAUCUUCGAGUCAUUUAAACGUCAACCGUAAAUUAAAUGUUCGGCCUGACACUCAUCUAACCAUGGUAACCGACAUAUCUCCAAAAUCUGAGCAAAAGUCACUUCCACGAAGAAACCGAUCAAGAUUGUCUCAACAAGGCAGGAGUUCAUCACAAAGACAAAUUUUUUCACGGUUGUCAAUCACCGAAACUACUUUUACUAAAAAGAAGUCUUUGGAUCAAAACACCGUAGAUCGACCAGAACUAAGUGAAGCCGAAUGUGACAUAGAUACAAUCAAGAAAAUUAAAUUAGGUUUGAAAUCUUCUCUUUGGUCUAAACCUAGUAAUUCUGGGCAAGCAACAGAUUAUUCCAUUGCAGUUUAAUUUGUUAUAGAUAUGAAUCAAAAUUUUAUACAAAAAAUUAAAAUGUAAGUGACCAGUUUAUGUUUUUUUUGUCACAGCAAGAGGUAAGUAACCAUUGAGAAUAUUACCAAUGAAUAACCAUCCGUAAAUCUUAUAAUUUUUACAGUGCGAAUACUCUCUUUAUAGUAAUUACAUUUUAUCAAAGCUUCAGUCAUUAAAAACAAAAAAUACAAUCCAUAUUUUGAAAUUAUAAUCCCUACAGAAAGAUGCACCAUUAGUCAUUAUACCGGGUGUCUGGAAAAUGGCGGAUUAACUCUCCGCUACGCUCUUAACAAUCAACUGGUGAGUCUGGGAAAAAUAGUAAAAAAAAUUUUUCGCACAUUUUGGUGAAGUUAUAAUGAUUUUAAAAUUGGUUCUUUUGCAACUUUUAACAACUAAACAACUCAUUCAUUAUCAGAAUAACUAGUAGUAAAACUUUU